GUCCGGAAGCUAGAAAAAUCACGCAACACCCGUUGUUCGUUACUCUCUCUCUCUCUCUCAACUUUCUCUCUCUUAAAACUCUCCCAAAUUUUCCUGAGAAAAUAGCCGAGAAAACAAAUGACGACGUACGGAACAAUCCCAACCUCUCUCCCUGCAGGAGGAUCAUCAAAGCUCGAGUUCUUUUCCCGCGCAAAAGACAGAAUCCGAGCCGACCUCGGCACGCCGCGGCCAUGGAAGCUGAUGAUCACACCACACUCGAUCUCUGUCCCCGGCGGCCCCGCCGAGGCCGCCGCCCGAGUCAGCACCAACGCCGCCUUCUUCCGAAUGAACUACGCCAUCGUCGUCCUCUUCGCGCUCUUCCUCGGCCUCCUCUGGCACCCGAUAUCUCUCAUCGUCUUCCUCGUCAUGAUGUGCGCUUGGCUCUUCCUCUACUUCCUCCGCGACGAGCCUCUCGUGAUCUUCAACCGCACGAUCGACGAUUGUACGGUCCUGAUGGUGCUCUCUGUUUUCACGAUCUUGUUUUUGUUUCUGACGGACGUGACGGUGAACAUUGUGGUGGGGGUGGUGGUUGGGGUGGUUGUUGUGGUGGUUCACGGCGUGUUGAGGAGGACUGAUGAUUUGGUGAUGGUGGAUGAAGAGGAAGGUGAGGUUGGAUCUGGUGUGGCUUGGCGUAGACUGCCUCUCAAAGAGACUGCCUCUUCUUCAUUUUCCUCAUCAUCUUGAUCUCUGAAGAUCAUGAUGAUACACAUUAUUUGUAUAUGAUCAUACCAUUGUGUUAUUCAAAUUAGUUUAGAAUUAUCAACAACAACAAAAAAAAUCAUUUAGAUUCUAUUUAGAUUUAUAGAAUUGAAGAAUGAAUAUUAUUAAUAUGAAAGUUCCAAGUUGAUGAUUUGGAUUAAGUUGGUCAAUCUCAAUAUAA